AUGCCCCCUGAACCAAGCGACUUUGACCGGGAAGACGCCCCGUUUCUCCCCUCCAGCAGCCACACCCCCAAGCACCACGAUGAGCCGGAGCUAGACGAGAAACAUGGCGCAGAGACAGAGACGCCCAGGGUGAUCGACCCCAAACUCCGCUUCCGCCUGAUGGUCACGCUAUUCGCCAUGAUUCUCGCCGUCGAAGUCGGCGUCGUCAUGGCCGGCGGCCCCAUGACGCGCAUCUAUGAAUCCAUCGCCUGUCGCGAGUACUUUGCCGCCAACGAUCCGCGCCAGAUCGGAGCCAACGGCGAGGUCAGCGAGAGUCUCUGCAAGAUCAAGGAGGUCCAGACCGAGCUGGCCGCCGUCAAGGGGUACAUGGAGUUUUUUGAUGGCUUACUCAGUAUCUUUCUGGCUAUCCCGUAUGGGCUCCUCGCGGACCGCCGCGGCCGCAAGCCAACCCUAUGUCUCAGCAUCCCCGGCUUCGCCCUGAACUGCAUCAUCAUGUUUCUCGUCAUGUGGUACUCGGACGUGUUUCCGCUGCGGGCCGUCUGGGUGUCGUGUCUGGCGUGGUUGUUCGGUGGUGGCCCGGUCGUGGCGUUUGCCAUCAUCUGGACCAUGAUGUCGGACGUGACCACCGAAGAAGAGAGGGCCGCCAUGUUCUUCAAAUUCGGCGUCGCCAGUAUGGGCGCUGAUUUCGCCUCCACAGCCGCCAGUUCCUGGCUGAUGGACUUUGACCCGUGGAUUCCGCUGCUGAUCGGAUGGGCGGUGGUCUUUGUCGGCAUGCUCUUCGCCCUCACGCUGCCCGAGACGAUGCAUGCCUUUCCACGACCAUCGGAGAAGGGGACUAAUCUCGAAAUGGCCCGACUCUCGCUGGCCAGCGAUGGGCGGAAGGGCGUCCUCAGCAAGGAGUACGACCGGAACAGCUUCAACAUCGACAGCGAUGCCUACCAGUCCAACCGCUUCUCGAAAUCCUCCAUCCUGCACUCCCUCAGAGCGCAAUCCCGCACCUACUUCUCCCCCUACGCCUUCAUCAUCAAAAACAAACGCAUCACCCUGCUGCUUACCGCCUUCCUCGUCUACCGCCUCAGCCGCGGCUCGUCCUGGUUCCUGAUCCAGUACAUCUCCGUGCGCUACGACUGGUCCCUGGCGCAGGCCAACUUCCUCAUGUCCUUCAAGCCCGCCCUGACCAUCCCGCUGUUCCUGAUCGUCCUCCCCGCCAUCUCGCGCUACCUGCUGCGCACCAUGCCCACGAACAAGAAGGACCUGCAGCUGGCCCGCGCCAGCAUCAUCUUCCUCGCGGCCGGCACCCUCGGCAUCGGCCUGUCGCCCUCCAUCGCCGCCCUCGUCCCCAGUCUCCUGCUGCAGACCGCCGGCUCGGGCUUCGUAUACCUCACCAGGUCGCUGAUCACGACGCUCGUCGAGCGCGAGGAGACGGCGCGGCUGUUCACCAUCAUCGAGGUGCUGCAGUCCGUCGGCAACGUCAUCGCCAGUCUGGCCAUCACGGCCGUCUUCCAGAUCGGGCUCGAGCUGGGCGGCGUGUGGAUCGGGCUGGCGUGGAUGAUGACCAGCACGGCGUUUGUGUUCGUGGGCGUGGCGAUCUGGAUGUUCCGGUUGCCGUCGACGGGGGACGAUGCCGAGAAAGAAGAGUGUGAAAUCUGA